AUGUCAUUUAUUUCUCACAACAACCCUAAAGAAACUGAAGCUGACAAAAUUAAAGAUACUGAGCAUCCGAAAGUUCCAAAAAUCGUAUCUAAUAUUGCACAAGGCGACUGUCCCCUAGCCAAGAGCCUUGCUCCUUUCUCGUUCUGUCCAGACACAGGACCCUUCUACUCAGCACUGGCCAAGAGAGGAUCCAACUACGGCUCCCUCCUAACCACAGAGGGCCAGUUCCAAGUCUUUGCCAAGACAGCGUAUUACAAGGGCAACCUCGUGGCUGUGAAACGUGUGAACCGUAAACGCAUUGAGCUGACUCGGAAAGUCCUGUUUGAGCUGAAGCAUAUGCGGGAUGUGCAGAAUGAACACCUGACCAGGUUUGUGGGGGCCUGCACCGACCCCCCCAACAUCUGUAUCCUCACAGAGUACUGUCCUCGUGGGAGCCUGCAGGACAUUCUGGAGAAUGAGAGCAUCACCCUGGAUUGGAUGUUCCGGUACUCCCUCAUCAAUGACAUCGUUAAGGGUAUGCUGUUUCUACACAAUGGGGCCAUUUGCUCCCAUGGGAACCUCAAGUCGUCCAACUGCGUGGUAGAUGGACGCUUUGUGCUCAAGAUCACCGACUAUGGGCUAGAGAGCUUCAGGGACCUGGAGCCAGAGCAAGGACACAUCCUUUAUGCCAAAAAGUUGUGGACAGCCCCUGAGCUCCUGCGAAUGGCUUCACCCCCUGCCCGGGGUUCUCAGGCUGGUGACGUGUACAGCUUUGGGAUCAUCCUGCAGGAGAUUGCCCUGAGGAGUGGGGUCUUCCACGUGGAAGGUUUGGACCUCAGCCCCAAAGAGAUCAUCGAGCGUGUGACGCGGGGUGAGCAGCCCCCCUUCCGGCCCUCCCUGGCCCUGCAGAGUCACCUGGAGGAGCUGGGGCAGCUGAUGCAGCGGUGCUGGGCGGAGGACCCACAGGAGAGGCCGCCAUUCCAACAGAUCCGCAUGACGCUGCGCAAGUUUAACAGAGAGAACAGCAGCAACAUCUUGGACAACCUGCUGUCCCGCAUGGAGCAGUAUGCCAACAACCUGGAGGAGCUGGUGGAGGAGCGAACCCAGGCAUACCUGGAGGAAAAGCGCAAAGCCGAGGCCCUGCUCUACCAGAUUCUGCCUCACUCAGUGGCUGAGCAGCUGAAGCGUGGAGAGACCGUCCAGGCUGAGGCCUUUGACAGCGUUACCAUCUACUUCAGUGAUAUUGUGGGCUUCACAGCCUUGUCAGCAGAAAGCACACCCAUGCAGGUGGUGACCCUGCUCAAUGACCUGUACACUUGCUUUGAUGCCGUCAUCGACAACUUUGAUGUGUACAAGGUGGAGACCAUUGGCGAUGCCUACAUGGUGGUGUCAGGGCUCCCAGUGCGAAAUGGGCGGCUCCAUGCCUGCGAGGUGGCCCGCAUGGCUCUGGCACUGCUGGAUGCCGUGCGUUCCUUCCGCAUCCACCACCGGCCCCAGGAGCAGCUGCGCUUGCGCAUUGGCAUCCAUACAGGACCUGUGUGCGCUGGAGUGGUAGGACUGAAGAUGCCGCGUUACUGUCUCUUUGGGGACACAGUCAACACAGCCUCGAGAAUGGAGUCUAACGGGGAAGCCCUGAAGAUCCACUUGUCUUCUGAGACCAAGGCCGUCCUGGAGGAGUUUGGUGGUUUCAAGCUGGAGCUUCGUGGGGAUGUAGAAAUGAAGGGCAAAGGCAAGGUUCGGACCUACUGGCUCCUAGGGGAACAGGGGAGCAGCAUCCGAGGCUGACUUGCCUCCCUCCCAUCCCUCCACGCCUCCCUACCCUGUGCCAGAGGUGCAGGCCUCAGAAGCCCCCAAAAGACUGGAGAAGUGCUUUGAACAGCUCAGGUGUGCUGACUCCAGCGGAGACACCAGGACGGGUGUCUGAGACAGGACGGGUGUGACAGGGGUAGGGGAGAACUCAGCUCACAGGACUGGACUGGGGCACACAGUCCUGCCAACGGCACACACGUGGGCCGGUGCACCCCUCUCCACCCUGACUUGCCAGACUGGGCUGUGGAUUUCUGAUCUCCUCCACCCCCUGCGCCCUCCUCUCUCUCAACCUUGCUACACUGUGACUUCCUGGGAAGGCAAAGAGCCACCUGAGGGGGAAUAUGAAAUAUAAAAAGGUGAAUCGAGGGGUAGGAGAGUCCACAUCUGGACCCAGCCCUCAAGGUCCACAUAUGCCCCCACCCUCACUCCUCCACCCAACAGCGGACACAUGGGGGGGCAGGGGUUGCACGGAGGGGCUGCAGACCUGUAUGCCUUGUUUCUGUGAGCAGAGACCAUUAAAAUCUUUAUUCCAGUGA